GAGCUACAUAUCCAAUACUUAACCUGGUACACCUAUAUAUAUCUAUAUUAAAACAAAUGUUUGCUCUGAGAAUUGAUGAAAAUGAAACUGUCAAUAGUUAUUUAAAUCUUAUUUAUAGUUCUUUAAUGCAAGUUGACAUUUUAGAAAAUGCUGAAGACAAGAAUGAUUCAAGUUCUAUAAGUAAUGAUAAUGAUAUUUCAACUGCUAAAAAUUGA